UUCGAUCACCUUGAUUUUAAUAUUGCUCAUCCCAAAAUUCAAUUUGGUGCCCGCCUUCGAUUCGUCAGCUCGUUCUAUGGGCACGCUAGAAGGAUUGGUUCGAUGGGACGUUUUGCAUUUUUUGUCUAUUUAUCGACACGGUGGCCGGACCGUUGAACAACAAUGGGCCUUUGGUAAAGGUAUUACUUGGGUAUUGUCCCUGGGUCAAUCACUUGUACCUCAAAGUCUUUACACUCAAGAACAAGCUGCUAUUCUGGGAGGUAGCUUAUUGGCCUUAUUUGCCAGUGUACUUUCAACUGUGAUGUUGUAUCUCUUGACGAUGGAGUUGACAACUUCUAGUCAAUUUUCAUUUCUCACUAGCUUACUUCACAUCUUUUCGCCAUCGCCGAGCACUCAAGUCGUAGUCUAUACCGAGCCUUUCUUUGCCCUCUUC